UGGCACUUACCAAUACAACAACUUUUUAAAAGUUGGCGUCACUUUAAGUAAAUGAAAUUAAAAUGGAAUUUGUGAGUGCCAUUUCGACAGUUGGUAACACGAAAACGGUGGCCAACGAAUUCGCCAUUGCCUUUCUGCAGGCCGUGACCUCUGACCCGGAUAACUGGAUUGCGAAGGUGUCACACCAGUUUGUGGGCCAGUGCUUCCGUGUCCUGGGCCUUAACUUCAACGUGAGCGUGCAGGCCUUCAGCCAGACGCAAGAUCAUCCGUAUCGCGAUGCCAAUCCCAACUAUAUCUUUGAUCCGGUGCCACUGGUGAUGACCGAACUGGACAAGUUCCUGAAUCGCCUGCCUCUUUUGCUGGCCGAAGUCGGCGAACUGGUGGCCAAAGAUUCCCAGGGCACCAAGUUUGAUGAGCUCACCCAGCCGCUGCCAUGUUACCUGAAUCUGAUUUUGAAGUGGAUCAAGGUGGUGCAAGCGAUGUGCAGGAACAUGCAGCUCAGCAACAGCACCUCCGGGGAUAGAUUCCUCUGCGAACCGCUGGCCAGAAUGUCUUUCAGCAUUCUUCGCGGACUGGCCGAACUACUGCCCAAAUAUGAAAAUAUUUCGGGCCUCAAGGGCAUUUGCUUGGCACUCGCCGUGGACGUUCGCUAUGGCAUAUUCUACCAGGAAACCUGCGAUGUGGUCGUCCCGCCUAUGCUGGACAUAUUCCGGAAGCACUACAAAACUUUCUGCGGUACCGAGAAAUCCGCAUUGGAUUUCGUAUACUGCAUCCUGACGGUUGUGAUGUCCGAGGACAACUGCUAUAUUAAGGCAUACGAGUUUCUAGAGGCCAUGAUUAGGCAGUUUGCCGAGAGCUCUGAACACAGUCAUUAUUUGCGUUGUUUUACCAAUGAACUGAUUACUGUGAAAUAUAUUGUGCUGCAGCUUCAAACUCUCAAGGACUGCAAUUCCAGACCUUUGCUCUUGGCCACACUAAAGUAUUUGAUGACUCUUCAAAGAAAUAUAGCCAGCACAGAGUGCUUUACAAAACGAUUCCACGAGGAGCUCCUUCAUGUUGUCCUGCGAAUGUCAGUUUCGUCGGUAACUGUUGCUUCUAUGGCAGCCAAGGUCUACAUUACGCUUUCUCAGCGCCAGCACCAGGAACGGGAAAUAGCACAGCACAUUCUGGAGACCUACGUAAAGAUCCCCGAAAACCCCAGAAAGAAUACUACCUAUGAACAGUUUCGCAACGAACUGACGCGGUAUCUAAAGGCUCUUAUUCAGCAUUUUCCCGCACUGCAGGAGUUCGACUUUUACGCCCUUGUGCUCACAGCUCGGAACGUUCGUGUUGAAUUGAGCCUUAUUGCAGCGCAAUCCGCAAGCAUAAUCUUUGAAAUGCAUAUGGCAGAGUAUUCCUCAUUGCCAGUGGCUCGUGACCAGAUCAAUGAAUUUCUGCGCUGUUGGCCUCGUAUUCUGAAGGCCGCUUCAAACCAAAAUGGCACUCGACCGCUGAUCUACGGAAUUUAUGGUUUGAUCGAUUUUGACGCAGUAGCUGAGUGUGAUGCUGAUUUGCUUUUAAACUUGGAGAGCAGCUGUCUGGAUAAUUUCCUAAACGAUGACACCAUUGACGAGACUGAGUUUCAUAGGCUCUACGUGAAUGUAUCGCGCUCUGUGGAUGCAACAGGGAACAUCCAGAUACAUACUACCACGUCGAGGGCUUUGCGUGAUGAGCAAGCAUCAUUGCAGCUCCAGCUGAACAACACCGAUCCCGAGAGCCCAGAAAUGCAGGAGCUCUUGAAGGAGUAUGCCAAAAGCUACAUGCGCGUCCAUGCCGUCCUAAUGGUUAACAAGUUACAUGUUCGCUAUGUGGCGGACAUUUACGAAACACUCGCCAAAUUUGUGCUAGAAAUGCCCACACUAAAUGAAAAUAUAACUCUUUAUGGGGCCGAAAGUUUGGCUACCAUGCUGGUUCUCUUGCACGGAGAUCUCAAGGACUCGAAUGACGAGAUGAUCGAAAGAAUAUCUGCUUUGGUAAAACAGCUGCAAGACUUUUGCGUUUCCGAACUAAGUAAGGAAAACAUUGACUUAAAGCGAGCCAAGUUUUUUGUUUGCUCUAUGCUCAUAUUGCACAUCAAUCAGUUACCAUAUUCAGUCCUUGACUCUGCUGCAUAUGACGAGAUCCUGGAAGUAAUAAGCUCACCACCACGUGAAUCACAGCCUGAAUUGCUUUCCAAUACAUAUGUUGCCGAUAUGCACCAUAUGUUCCGCCUGCUCAUGAAGUCGGAGAAAUUCGACAUUCCCACUAAUCGAAUUUGGAAGCUACUAGUGCAAUACAAAAUGUCUUCAAUAAAAUAUCUGGACUCCGAGAUUAAAGAGCUUAUAAAUGUUUUAAUGGAGUAUCGGAUUGAAAGCUAUCUCCAUUGUAUGUCGGUAAUACAGUUUCAUAUUUACAAAGAUUCCAACGUGAACAAGAAGGGUUCCAUGGCUCUAUCUGCCCAUCUUCAACUGAUUGAUAAGAAUUCCAGUACUCUUGACUCCUGGCUGCUGCGUUUUUUUAUCUUUAAAGAUUCUCUUAAUCUCUUGAUCAAAAACAUGCGCUUUAGGAGAUUGGAGGUUACCAGUUCAAGUCAAUGCAAUCGCCUUCUGCCAUUGAAGUAUAUCUUAAAUAUGGUUGUCAAUUUGCGCCUGGAUGACUCGCACUUUUUAACAAUUGCUAAAUUACUGCACGUUUUGAAGGACGAGACAAUUGGAUCGCAAGAGAAUUUGGAAAUCGAGAACUUUAUUACUCAGAUCAGUACAUAUAAGUAUCAGGCCGAGGAUGAGCACUUAGAGGCUACAAAGAAUGAGUAUUUUGAGGGCAGGCUAAAACCUUUGCCACCUGGUCCAUUGAAUUUUUGGCAACAUAAAACUCUUUAUACAGCAGAUCAAACUAAUUAA